UGUGGGGGAGGAGCAGUUCUUCUACAUGCUCUUCCUGAAUGAUAGAGCUUCUCUACUAAUCUAGAUGGCUUUCAAAGAAUGUACAUUUCAAUGAUCCAUAUCUGCUGACCAUGCAGGGCCUGGGUGUGCAGUAUCCUCGGACCACCGUCUGGCUCUAGAAGAUAAAUACUGAUGUGUGAACCAGAGAAAACUGGAGUUCUACAAGGCGCAGUGAGACGGUUCCACAUGAUGAGCUGUUUGAAGCUCUGAGGGGCUUUAGGACCAUGCAGAGGACAGCUCAGCUGAAUACAAACACCUCUUCUGUAUUCACAACACAUUCUUCCUCUGCCCCGUACACUCAGCGGCUGAUACUCCCUCCUCCUCCUCCUCCUCCUCCUCCUCCUCCUCCUCCUCCUGCUCCGCAGCAGCAGCUGUCAUCCUGCAGCAACACGGACACCUGAGCGCUUUCCUGCCCGCCUACAGCUCUCCUCUCUCGGCUAUUGGUGUGUUGGAGCUCCGGAGCUUCUGAUCGGGUCUCCGACAGCUCUGUGCCGGGCUCAGAGCGCUCUGAGGUCGGUCGGAGAACGGAGACGGAAACGAACAGAUGAAAACUUGUGUCUCACCUUGGGAGGUCACCUUCUGACCUCUGACCUCUUUGAGAAAGCCCUCUGAAGAGGACCAGGACAGCCAUGCAGGGAGAAGAAGAGGCAGACAUCUCACUGAGAGAAGGAGCAGGUGGAAGAGAGUUCUGCAGACACAGUGGUCUCAUUAACACCCACAGGUUAGGGGCGGAGCCUCGGGAGGCGCUUCUGUUCCAGGGUCGCAUGGUGGUGGGUGCGCCCCCUCAGCAGGAGUAUGGCAGGGCUCCUUCCCAGCUCCUGAACCCCAGGACUCUCCUUCCCCACCAGGCAGCUCCAGAACCCGCCCUCAGAGCCACUUCUGGCCUCCUCCUGUGCCCAGACGGCGUCCUGCGAGUGUGGGGGGAGGCUGGGGGAGGCGAUUGCUGUGAGACCACUUUCAUCGAGAGCCCCAUCACCACCUCCUCCUUCUCAGCUGCUGCUCCCUGCUCCUCAAAGGAGUUGCUGCUGUUUUCUGAUGGCAAGUUUGUGGAGUUUUCAGGAGAGGAAGCAAAGAUUCCCUCGUUGUCAUACGACAUUGAUGACGAUGACGACUUCCAGGAGCUCGAGAGCGAUUACUCCAGUGAGUCUGAGAGCGAGGACGCCUUCCUGCUGUUGCCUCCUAGAGAUCACCUGGGCCUCAGCGUCUUCUCCAUGCUCUGCUGCUUCUGGCCACUCGGCAUCGCUGCCUUCUACCUGUCACACGAGACCAACAAGGCGGUGUCUAAAGGUGACUUCCACCUGGCCAGCUCCAGCUCCAGACGGGCACUCUUCCUCGCCGUCUUGUCCAUCACCAUCGGAACUGGGAUCUAUGUGGGCGUGGCUGUGGCGCUCAUUGCCUACUUGUCCAAGAACCACCAAUGGUAGCCAUGACAACAAUAACGGAAGUUACUCAUCAUCAAUCGGAUGCUAUGUACAGUGGUGGGUGGAGCCCAGUCAGUCCACUGGUGCUGGCCAGUCACAGCAGCUUUGGGGUAAUCAGAGUUUUGGAUCUGGACCCGGAACCUCUGGAGCUUUGGAUACCUGAAUCUGCUCCCGGGCUUCCUAUGUUUUCUACAGGUUAUUUAGACUUUUUCUGUCUCGUCUGUUUAUCUGUGGUUCUACGGAUUUUUCCCUGCAGGAUUUCUCAUCUUUUCUGAUAAUCUCCAUCAUCAUCAUCAAAGUGUCCCUCAGGCAUACGUAUGUGUUUUAGGUUGAUGAUGUUCUAAACAGCAGAACCAAGGUAUUUAUAUGGAUGCUGCUUUAAAUGAAUGGUUCUGAUGUUCUAAUCAUAUGUUGCUGGCCUCACUGAAAUAUUCUGUUUGCUCGAAUGAGGUCUUUCAUUGGUGCAGUUUUCCGUCUGCUACCUCUAUUUUUCUUAACUCAGUUGUUCUGUUCUGGUCCAUUUUAAGUUCUGGUUCUGGUUCUAGAACUAAAAGGAGAAAUAAAAAGAUUUCCUUCCUGA